UGGACCAAUCAAGAGAGAGGAGGGCGGGCUCAGGAGGAGCACACAUGAGUUGUCAAACAGGUUUGUCUCUCUCUCUCUCAGACACAUUCAACCUCAGCAGGACAGCACAGUGUUGUUGUGUGUCCACUGGACUGAAAAGCAGACGAGGAUCAGGAGACCAGCGAAGCCUCUUGAAGGACGCCCAAAUGUCAGUUCAACUGAGAUGCUGAGUGGAGCUGAUCAUGAGAGGCAUGAACGCAGGGUAACUCUGUGCAGAAACGAAAGAGAAAGCUGUGAGCGCAAAGUGCACGACAACAGGUACGACUAGUUUUACAAAAAUGUCUCUGGGAACUUUUCAACGGCCCACAAGGCAAACGGCGACGACCUCUCUAGCUGCUACGCCGCCACGCCUGCGACCCAAAGGUCCAGUGGGGCCAGAUUUCUACCGGCAGUGCCCGACAGCGGCAGGGAGACCAAGACAGAGCGCGGUGGAGAGGCUGGAAGCAGACAAGGCGAAGUAUGUCAAGAGUCAGGUGGCUCUUUCUAAGCAGCAGCCGGUCAGACCUCCUGACAUGAGGAAGCCUCUGUUGAACCCCAGCACGGCUCUGCGGCCCAACAGGAAGACGCAGGCCCCGACGAAACCAAAAAAGGAGGGAGUCCAGCUCAACUUGGAGCAUCUGACGAAUCUGAUCAGCGGCGUGAACGAUGGGCCGCAACCCAGCACUCCUGUAAAGUCAGAGGACAGUAAAGUUCCCUCUCCUCGCCCCACACCUGCAGAGGCUCAACAGAAAAAGGAGAGGCCGUGUCCACCGCCUCGCCCCGACUGGUCCAGUCCAGCUAAAGUGAGAUUAAAAGCCUCCGGAUCCGCCAGUGUAGAGAGUUCAGGCUCGCCUGGGAGUCCAGCUGCAGGGACUGUACGCAGAGUGGACGUCAUCCCUCAGGCCAGCCCUGUGAGGACCUGCAGACCACCUCAGUACAUGCGGCAGCCCCUUCAGCCUCUACACUCCCAGUUUCCACUCCGCCCGACUGCUUCACACCUGCGUCUCUUUCACACCAGAACAACAACAGGUCCUUCUCCUGUGAAACCUGUCGCUGCUCCAUCGAAACCUGAAGACCCCCUGUCUCUUCCAGCUGGAACCUCCACCCCUGCCUCAGCUCUACCUCCACCCAACCUCCCUGUUUUCCCUCCUUCCUCUCCAGCAAUUACCCGUCUGUCAACCUCCAGCUCCAGGAAACGUCCCUCUCUGACCCGGUCUAAAUCUGACAUGAGUGACCGGUGCUCCCGAGCCGGGACAGAGAUGGAGCGCUUUUUCAACCUGUGUGGUUUGGACCCUGCAGAUCUGCAGGAGUGGACCGGAUCCAGCUCUGACAUUGUGUCCAUGGCCCGUUUCCGCAGUGUGAGCGCUCCGGGCUCUGAGUGUGCAGGCUCACAGGGACAGGGUGAAGAUGCCGAGGAGGAGGAGGAGGCCGGCAAUGCUGCUGAACGAGUUCCUUACGGAGUUUCUGUCAUUGAGAGGAACGCACGGGUGAUCAAAUGGCUGUACGGACUCCGAAAUGCCAAGGACAAUACGAGUAAGAGCACCAAUUUAUAGGACGGUCGAAAAAUAAGCUUCAAAACUAAAGAAACAAUUUCAAUGUGUCAAAAUUUCCAAACACAUGAAGAGACGGGAUGCGAUGAUUAAACUGAUGUGACGACGCAGUGAUGGAUGCGGUCUGUCACUUCCAUUUGAUUUGUUUUGAUUUUUUUUGUUUUCCAAAAUUAAAAAUUUAAUGAAACUCUUUGUUAUUGAAAAAGAGAAACAGACAUUGUUACUGUGAUGAAUACAUUUUUAUUUUUACUUUUCCAUUUUUUUUGUGAAUAUUUGUCUCACAACUCGGAUGUCAAAGUAUCAUCUCAGGCUGUAAAUGGACGCCAUUAAAGAUUGAAUGAUGAAAGCA